UCGACCCGUACCUCGCCCGUCACUCCAGCCGUCAUCUUGAUUCACCAUUCCCUCUCGCAAUCCUCCACUCUCCCAGUGACUGUCGAGUGCAGUCGUGACUCGUGGCUCGUGACUCGUCGAAGGAGCUGGAAUAUUCAUACUUACUUUGCUCGCCUUCGCAAAGCAUCCCCUAGCUGGCCAUUCCAUCUGCAUUCAAGGGCUUCACAAUGUCCACCCAUGCAUCCACGCCAACCUCUUCCUCUCGCAAACGUGCAGCCUCGUCCAUCUGCAAGCAGGAACAACAACAAGAAGAAGAAGAAGCAAACAAAGACGUGCGAGACAAAGCUUCGACCUCCAUCUGCGUGCCAGCCACGCCGACCAAGUGCAAGUCGCGCACAGCAGCAGCAGCAGCAGCAUGCAGCCUCCAGCAGCAGCCUCGUCCCAAAAAGGCAAAGGGCGAGAUGGCGGCCGCGGCGGCGGGAGGGGGCAAAGGGGGAGCGCAAAGCGUGCCUUGGACAAGGCAAGAAGAUGAGGUUUGGGUCAAGGCGAUCAUGAAUCAGUUCAAACCCGACUGGAGGUGA